AUGUCUGUCUCUCACCUACUUUCCUCGGCACUAGGGGCUGCGCAUCUCGUUAUCGGGAUCCUCUCCUUGGGCGCUCCUAUCUGGACUACGGUUACACUAUAUGGCGUUACGCCAGAAAAGCCGGUUGCAAUGGCUACUCGCAUCGGCGGUUCGCGUGACACUCUCCUAGGAGGGUGGCUUCUCUUCUUCUGCGACGGGGACGAGCAAAGAAGACUGUCAGUCCUUCUCUCCCUGAUUAACGCCACGGACGCUGUUAGUGCAAUUAUCUGUUGCUCGGAAGGAAACAUGCCUCUUCCGAUUAUGAAAAGCACGAGAGCUGCAUCUGUCCUACUUGUUGCACUUGGGACUCUCGCAUGGUGUUUGUAA